UAUUUCCUAUUUUUAACCCUGGUGCUCCCUGUCACUGUCUCCUCCUCCUCUGUCUGUCAUCUGCAUGCUGUGACCUUUUAUUAUAUAGCAACUCUCUAUGUGCCAAUCAUUUCAGCAACUCAAAACUACUGAGAGAUACCACACUUAGAGAGAAAAUGAAUGAAGCCCAAAAGAUUACAUUGAACAAUGAGGAGCUUUUCGAUGACUAUAAUUACAGCUACAACAAUUACAGCUACAACUCGAAUGGUGAAGGAGCUGUGUGUAGUCAGGAGUCUAGCAUGUACUUUGAUUCCAUUUUUAUUCCAGUCCUUUACUCUCUGGCUCUAGUAGUAGGGCUGGUGGGAAAUGGACUGGUUCUGGCAGUACUGUGGAAAAAGAGAAAGAGCUUGAAUGUUACUGACAUCUUCAUCCUCCAUCUGAGUUUAGCAGACCUUCUGCUGCUGCUAACAUUGCCCUUCUGGGCUGUAGAGGCAGUUCAGGGGUGGAUCUUUGGCACAGUGCUCUGCAAGCUGACUGGAGCUCUGUUCAAGAUCAAUUUCUACUGUGGUAUUUUCAUGCUUUCCUGCAUCAGUCUUGACCGCUACCUGUCCAUCGUCCAUGCAAUGCAGAUGUAUUCUCGUAAAAAGCCAGUGGCGACUCACUGUUGCUGCCUGAUGGUCUGGUUCUUCUGCCUUCUGCUCUCCAUUCCUGACUGGAUAUUCCUUGUUGCCACUGAGGACUCCAGACGUCAAGAUAAAACAGAAUGUGUUCCGUUUUUCCCCUCUGAUUCUUGGCAUCUGGCCACUCGUCUGCUCUACCAUAUUCUGGGUUUCAUUCUUCCAGCACUAAUGAUCCUGUUCUGUUAUUAUCACAUCCUGCAGCGGCUGCAGCAUGGCUCCCAGUGCAAGCAGAAGAAGAGAGCCAUCCGUGUCAUUGUAACCCUGGUACUGGCCUUCUUCAUCAGCUGGACGCCAUACAACAUCACUCUCAUUGUUGACACCAUACAAACCAAUAAGACCAUCAGUCUCAAUACACAAAUAUCCUGUGAAAGUGCCACAGCGUUAGAUGUAGCUCUCACAGCUACAGCCACAUUGGGCUACUUACACUGCUGUGUCAAUCCAGUGCUUUAUGCUUUCGUGGGGGUGAAAUUUCGCCAACACCUCCUAGACAUACUGAAACCGCUGGGCUUCACGCUGAUGGGACCAGUGGUUCCGGUGUCACGGAAGAGUUCUUUAUGGACAGAGUCAGUGGACACCUCACACACAUCUGCUUUCUGAUAUAUCAUAUGCCAUCAAACUCAUAUGGGAAUAUCUUAUGGGUAUAUGGGCAUAUUUUUAGCAUGCAAACUUUAGCAUCUUUUCACAAGCAUUGCCAUUGACACCAAGUACGAUAACUAUAACAAUACAUACUCUUAGUCUUUAUAAUCAUUAUAAAUGAAUGAGAAAAUGGAAGUCCACACCUAUAACAAUAACAUUAUAUAGAGGAUCAAUUUAGUUGGAAUCACUGGAAGGCUUUUCCAAAUGAUGAACGUGAAAAAAACAUUAACAACCAUUCAGAAUUCAAGGAACUUUAAAGAGCUCAAUCUGCAGAUGACAAAGUUUGGUGUACGUUUAUGAUAUAUGUUGGUGUGGACACUAAUAUUUAUCUUUAAAAUUAUAUUUAUAGUUAUCGUUCUUGGGGUGAACAGGUCUUAAGUCUAUUGAAAGUGCUUUUUAGCUUGCAGGCUGCAUGAUAAACAUGAAUAUAUUCAUGAAUAUAUAAACAUGAGCAGUCUUUUACUUUCAGGAUAUUUCUCUAUGCACGUGGCAGCUAUCAUUACAGCUCAUAUAAAACAUAUAAGACAUAAAAAAGUUUCUAUUUUAGUAAAAAAAAGUGUUUUACUAAUUUACUUUUAUUAGUGUUAUUGUGUGUAAUGUGUAAAGUGUUCCUGAUUUUUUAUGUUAAUUGUCUUGUUUUAUUUUUGUUUUUUGUUGCUUCUUCUACAAUGUUUUUAUCUUGAUUUGGUGUGAAUACAUUUUCAAAACUGAAAAAGAAACUGAGUAAAUGUGUAUUUUGGUCCUUUUUGUCUUCUUAUAAGCUCCUAUAUUUUGAUGUAUAGCUUAGUUGAACCUCCCAGUCCUCCCUCCCAUUUUUAUCUUUUUUUUUUUUUUUUUGCUAGCCUAAAACCUGUAGCUACAAUGUGAAAAUUCCUCUUUAAUGCUGUAAACUGGAAUAUAAUAAAAUAAAAGAGAAGGAACAAA